GAGGCUGGUCCGACUGGGUGGAUGGUGCCUGCAGUGUGACCUGCGGUGAUGGCGUGAUGACCCAAACCCGUACCUGCACCAAUCCGGAACCAGCUAACGGAGGGAGGCAAUGUACGCGGGAGGACGGAACGACAGGACUGGAUGAAGAAAGGCCCGACGAGCCUUGUAACCAAGGCGCCUGUCCGAUAGGUUGUCCAAUAGCAGGCUACGUUGGUUUUGACGGAGUUUGCUACAAGAGCUUUACGGAGCUAAAGACGCGCGAGGCGGCCAGGCAGACUUGUACAGCAGACGGGGGGAUGUUAGCCAUGCCGAAGGACAGUGCCACCAAUACUUUUCUCGCUAAUCUAGCAGAAGUAGUAAUGGGUCGCUGGCUAGGGCUGACUGACGUCAACAAUGACGGACAGUGGGUAUUUGAGGACGGUCAGACCCUGACAUCAUCCGGCUUUUCCAACUGGGAUCUCGGUCGCGGUGAACCACGACCCUACGACGGUAACGGUGGCUGUAUGGGAUUUUGGUUGGACGGAUCCACCUGGGAUGAGAAAGACUGCAGCUUCCUCAGGGGAUUUAUCUGCCAGCUACAACUGCAAGCUGUGUCUGACUUGACCUUCUCCGAUAUCGAGAUGGACCAAAUGACCCUGUCCUGGAGGGCAUCUGAUGACGUAAGAGGGUACCGACUCCGUUACCGCCAUGCCGGGGCGUCGUACCAGGACCUGUCCCCCCCGCCAGCACCGGGCGACACCCAGGCCACCAUACGCGGACUGUGGGCAGGUACAGAGUACAUCUUUACCCUGACUGCGUUUGGAGAGGACGAUGAGCAAAUAGGAGAGAUCAGUGGGACAGAGACCACAGCUGAAGUUAUCGUGAACGUUGACUGCCAUCAGGACCACAUGAGCGUGACCUUCCCUAGAAAAGCGCUAAUAGGGGUGGAUGUGGACACUCUGCACCUUUCAGACGACACUUGCAGUGCGACAUACACCGAGACGGAGGUGACUCUUCGGACCGGUUUGCAGGAGUGCGGGACGACCCAGGAGGUAAGUAGACAGGACAAACUCACCUUCACUAACGAGGCUAUCGGCAAUCCAGUCGUGCAUAAUAACGGCGCUGUGAGGGGGGCGACCUUCAGGAAGAGGUUCCAGUGUGAGUUCGUGAGUCAGUUCGUGAUCUCACAGGAACAGAACAUCCUCUUCAACAUUCCGCCUUCUAGCUUUAAAGUUGUGAACGGAGAAACCGAGUUCGCCUUCGAGAUGCACAUGUUUCCAUCUGCAGACUUCACUGAGACCUACAAGUCAGCCGACUACCCUGUGCAGGUGAGCUCGUCUGACCAGCUACACUUCGGACUGAGCGUGGACUCUCCUCUGGACAACCUGGAGCUGUUCGCCCUCCACUGCCUCGCCACGCCAAGUGACGAUCCUGACGACUCGCCAAGCGUCAACAUCAUUCAAGACGGGUGUGUCAUCGACACAACGCUUCAGCGGAACACUGCACUGUCUGGCGACAAGGCCUCGUACUACUCCAUCCAAUCAUUCACCUUCCCCAACGUUGAUGAUCCCAGCCUGGUGUACAUCCAUUGCACCAUGGUGGUCUGCUUCAAGGACGACCCGGACUCGCGGUGCAGUGAGGGAUGUCUCGAUGGGCGACGCAGGCGCGCUGUGUUUGACAUGAACGAGACCCGAGUGCGACGUGCGAGUGAAACGGACCAGAUAGCCCAUCUCAGCCAGGGACCCUUCAAAGUUGUGAGAGGAAAAAAACAAGCCUCCACCGUGCCCACUGUCGCCAUCGCUGUCGGGACAGCUGCGGGGAUAGCCGGCGUCUUCCUGAUGGUUGCUGCUGUCUUCCUGGUGAGGAAGAGACGUGGCCGUGAAGUCAAGGAGCAGGCCUUGGAUGGUGUCGGUUUUGACAACUACUCGUUCGAGCUCUGGGGAAAGGGCAAGGCUGCCAACGCGACCCCCAAACCCGGGUAA